CUGCUCUUUUUCGCUUUUGAAUGUUCUUCUUUUGGGUCUUCUAAGUAACAAGAAGAAAGUGUUAAAAGGUUGAAGGAAUGGAUCGGCAAGAGGUUGUGUCGAGAAUGACUGACCAAAUAUUGGUAAUCGGAAACAAGACGGUCGUGUGCCAGCAAAGAUAUGAAGACAAGGCGAAGAGCAUAUGGCUCCUUGAAAACCCACUGAAUCUCCCAACCCCGCUCAUCAUGUUUCAGCUCAUCCUCAUCUUCUUCGUCACCCGACUCGUCCAUCUCGCCCUCAAGCCGCUCGGUCAACUCACCAUCGUAUCGCAGCUCUUUGGAGGAAUUCUGCUGGGACCCUCGGUUUUGGGCCGCAACAAGGCUCUGGCGUCCAUCAUAUUCCCGCCGAGAAGCGAGACGAUCAUCGAGACGUUCACCAUGUUCGGCGUCAUGUUCUUCCUCUUCUGCCUUGGGGUGAAGAUGGACCCCGCCACGAUGCUGCGGCCAGGGCGCAAGGCGGUCGUCAUCGGCUCCUCCAUGUUGCUCUUCUCCUUGGUCGUCAUGCUCCUCCUGUCCGUGGUCCUGCAAAGCCACGUCGCCAUGGACUCGAGCUUCACGAAGGGGUUGCCUUACGUCGCGGGCUUGCAGGCUCUGACGGGCUUUCCGGUCAUCUCCUCCCUGCUCAUCGAGCUUAGGAUCCACAACACUGACCUGGGCAGGCUCGCCAUCUCCUCGUCUAUGGUCUGCGACCUGAUCUGGAUCGGAUUGGCGGCCAUAGGGACGGGGAUCGAGGAGAAUGGCGGUCGGGCAGCGAUUUCAGGGUUAGCUAUCGCAACGGGGGUUGCGCUUCUGCUGACUGUUGUUUUCGUACUUAAGCCGCUGAUAUUGUGGAUGAUACGCAAUACCCAACCCGGGAAAACCAUCGACGAGGCUACUUUAGUGUAUGUCACGUUGCUCGUUCUCUUGACAGGGUUCGUGGGCGAGAGCGUGGGCCAACACUAUCUCGGUCCUCUGGUUCUGGGUUUGAUGGUCCCGGACGGGCCGCCGCUGGGCACGGCCAUCGAAUCAAGACUAGAACUUUUCACGUCCGGCUUGCUCUAUCCCGCGUUCGUGUCAUUGUUGGGGUUACGCACUGACGUGUUCCAAAUUCACUACAAGUCUCUUUGGAUCCUGGCAUUUCUGGUCGUCGUCUCCUUCCUCGUCAAAUUCGGAGUGGUAGUUUCUGCCGCGCUCUACAGCAAGAUUCCCAUCCGAGAAGCUUUGGCUCUCGGUCUCAUCUUGAACGGAAAAGGGAUAAUUGAGCUCGUGCUCUACAACGUCUGGCGAAAUGGCCAGGUCUUAACGGACGAACUGUUUUCCCUGUGCGUCAUGUCAACUAUACUGGUGACAGGAAUCACAACCCCGUUUGUGAAAGCCCUCUAUGAUCCUUCAAGGCAAUUCAUUUCGGCCAGAAGAUCUUCGAUCCAGCAUAACAAGCCCAAUUCCGAGCUCCGGAUACUCGUCUGCGUCGACGGUCACGACAGCGUCCCGACAAUGAUAAGCCUCCUAGAGGUGUCCCACGCUUCGGAAGAGAGCCCAAUCGCGGUCAUGGCGAUGGUGUUGGUCGACCUCAUUGGCCGAACCACCACCAUGCUCGUGUGCCACAAAAAUCGAGUACUCGACUCGAGUUCAACCAUGUCCGGGCACAUAGUUAAUGCUUUCAGGAACUAUGAGCACCACAACGAAGGGCGCGUCAUGGUGGAGACGUUCACUGCCAUAUCUGAUUUCGAUACCAUGCAUGUCGAUAUAUGCCAGGUGGCCCUCGACAAGAGAGCAAACAUCGUGAUCGUCCCGUUUCACAAGCAGUGGGCGGUCGAUGGCCAAGUAGGCAAGGUAAACCGAGCUGUCCAGAACAUGAAUCUACAUGUCCUAGAGCAAGCGCCGUGCUCAGUAGGGAUCCUCAUAGACAGGGGAAUCGUAAGGGGCACGCUCACAAUCCUGACGAGCGAAUCCACAUUCCAUGUCGCGGUCCUCUUCAUCGGCGGCCCGGAUGAUGCGGAGUCACUUGCCUAUGGUUCCCGGAUGGCGAAACAUGAGAACGUCAUCGUAACUGUCAUCCGCUUCCUUCUCUUCGGGAGUGAGAACACUAAAGACCGGAGGAUCGACACGGAACUGAUCUACGACUACAGGCAUUCAAACAUGGGGAAUGAGAGAUUCGUCUACGUGGAAGAGGUGGUGAGAGACGGGGUGGCCCUAGCUUCAUUCAUCCGAAGAGUGGUAAACCUAUACGAUCUGAUACUGAUCGGGAGGCAACACCAGGCCUCCCCGAUCUUCACGGGGCUCGAGCAGUGGAGCGAGUGCCCCGAGCUCGGUGUCAUCCCGGACAUGCUCGCGUCGCCGGACUUUGAGAGCACGGCCUCGGUCCUGGUGAUUCAGCAGCAAAGAAUAGGAGGCGCUUUGAUGGCCGGCCACGCCAUGCAACCCGCGAUGCAUCAUCCUAGGGAUCAGGCAUUCGCUCCUAGUACUGUCCUUCAGGAUGAAGCAGGGAGAGCUUCGUGGAGCAUCUCCAUAGAAAAGGGAGGCAGGACGACUUGAGGAAGUCUAUUUACUUUGUCCUUUGUCAAACAGAUUUUGCUUCUCUAGUUGGAAUGUUCCUGUUUCCUAGUCUUCGACGGAAAAGCCAUUUCCUAGCUGUUCCUCA